AUGAAGUUGUGUUCCAUCGGCCUUCUUGUGGUUGUCGCCAUCCAUGGCACCUUUGCAAAGAAGUAUUACAAUCCCCAGAUUGCCGAGGACAGGACUGGCCUUUUGGGCCCAAGUUCCCAUCACAUCUAUGAAUCUCAAGAUGACGUUGAAGAAGAUGGAAAUGAUGCCCGAGAAAACCAUGUGAGGAGGACUGAGGGUGAACCGGAACUGCCUUCCUUUGCAAACGACCAUGAAGAAGAAGAAGAGAGCUCUGAUCAGUUUUACACUGCGGAAUCACUGGACUUUUUCAAGAAGGGAAUUGACCCUGACAGCUUUGAAUGGGUUAAUCCCGAUGAAAUUGUUCCUGGCGAGAGCACUUGUGGAUUUCUCAAAGCGCCACUUGGAUCCCUGCCUGAUGUGACCUAUCCCAAAGUGGAAGUUUAUGUCUGUAUGCGAUUUGCAGAGAAUCAGCCCGCCCCAAAAGGAAACAUAUUCACUCACUGCGGUGGUCCAGGGUCAUUGAGCGAGUGUGGCAUCCGAUUUACCACGCGUUUCUUGGAUGAAGACGUUGUGAAGGACUAUAAUCUUAUAUCGAUUGAUCAGCGAGGAGUGGGACGUUCUUGGCCAAGCUUCGUCCAUGAGGAAUGCUCGCGGUAUGGAUACCUGAAGGAUGGAAAUGGUACCAUCAUUGGCACAGUGGCACCACCAGAAUUUGAAACAGAUGGAGCCCUGACAGAAGAAAAUAUCAAGGCUAUGCUCCCUGCGUACCAGCGAACAAUGCGGGACUGCUGGACCUGCACACGGUGUGACUUCCAUUUGGAUGCUACCCAGGCCGAUGGGAGUGUCAAAAAUUUCCACUUUUUGGAGUAUUCUGGCACACGACAGUUGGCAGAGGAUAUUUUUCGCAUGAGGCUUCUGCUGAAUGCACCUCUGAUGCAUCUGUAUGGCGUCUCCUAUGGCACACAAGUGUUUUCGACCUAUGCGACCAUAUUUCCAUCCUUUACUGGGCUUCUUGCCCUUGACAGCAAUCUGUCCAGUAGAAAACAUGAGGCAAUGCAUUGGGGACAUCAACAGACUCCUUCAAGAAACAUUUGGAUCUUCUCCGGAGGAGAGGGUGCAGAUACCCUUCGAAGUCUAGUUCAAAUUAUCCUUGCCAAUGUUGACAGGGCUGAGGAAAUCUGCAAUGCAGCUGCAAAUGGAGAUACUGAUUUGAUCGUAGAGAUUGUGGAGGAGCUGACAUCUGAAGUCAAUGUAGAUGAACAAAUGACGAAGCAGGGCUCUGAUUAUGUUUCUCAACCAACUCCGGAUGAUUAUGUUUUUGGCAACCCUGACUUUACCGAAAUCAAUGAAGGCCAGGAAGUAUCGAUAGCCAUGGUCAGAGGUCAAGACCGUUCUGGGGCCAUUUACGACAAUGACAGAUUUGCCAAAGAAGUCGUUGAAUUCAAUGAAAGUUUUUCAUCUAACCAACACGAGCAUGCGCCGAACGUUGCAACAUUUGUCUUGACCCAUGCACAGGAAUCCUUGGUGGUCAACUCUACGACCUAG